AUGGCCCCUCCGGGCCCGGCCAGUGCCCUCUCCACCUCGUCCGAGCCGCUGUCCCGCAGCAUCUUCCGGAAGUUCUUGCUGAUGCUCUGCUCCCUGCUCACGUCCCUUUACGUCUUCUACUGCCUGGCCGAGCGCUGCCAGACCCUGUCCGGCCCCGUCGUGGGGCUGUCCGGCGGCGGCGAGGAGGCGGGGGCCCCUGGUGGCGGCGUCCUGGCCGGAGGCCCGAGGGAGCUGGCGGUGUGGCCGGCGGCGGCACAGAGAAAGCGCCUCCUGCAACUGCCGCAGUGGCGGAGGCGCCGGCCGCCCGCGCCCCGCGACGACGGCGAGGAGGCGGCCUGGGAAGAAGAGUCCCCUGGCCUGUCAGGGGGUCCGGGCGGCUCCGGGGCCGGAAGCACCGUGGCCGAGGCCCCGCCGGGGACCCUGGCGCUGCUCCUGGACGAAGGCAGCAAGCAGCUGCCGCAGGCCAUCAUCAUCGGAGUGAAGAAGGGCGGCACGCGGGCGCUGCUGGAGUUCCUGCGCGUGCACCCCGACGUGCGCGCCGUGGGCGCCGAGCCCCACUUCUUCGACCGCAGCUACGACAAGGGCCUCGCCUGGUACCGGGACCUGAUGCCCAGAACCCUGGACGGGCAGAUCACCAUGGAGAAGACGCCCAGUUACUUCGUCACGCGGGAGGCCCCCGCGCGCAUCUCGGCCAUGUCCAAGGACACCAAGCUCAUCGUGGUGGUGCGGGACCCGGUGACCAGGGCCAUCUCGGACUACACGCAGACGCUGUCCAAGCGGCCCGACAUCCCCACCUUCGAGAGCUUGACGUUCAAAAACAGGACAGCGGGCCUCAUCGACACGUCGUGGAGCGCCAUCCAGAUCGGCAUCUACGCCAAGCACCUGGAGCACUGGCUGCGCCACUUCCCCAUCCGCCAGAUGCUCUUCGUGAGCGGCGAGCGGCUCAUCAGCGACCCGGCCGGGGAACUGGGCCGCGUGCAAGACUUCCUGGGCCUCAAGAGGAUCAUCACGGACAAGCACUUCUACUUCAACAAGACCAAGGGCUUCCCCUGCCUGAAGAAGGCGGAGGGCAGCAGCCGGCCCCAUUGCCUGGGCAAGACCAAGGGCAGGACCCAUCCUGAGAUCGACCGCGAGGUGGUGCGCAGGCUGCGCGAGUUCUACCGGCCUUUCAACCUCAAGUUCUACCAGAUGACCGGGCACGACUUUGGCUGGGAUGGAUAACCAUAUAAUUUAAAAAGAAAAAAAAAUCAAAAUAUAAUAUAUUUUUUUACCAAUCUGUAGAGAAGAGACAGUUUAAUAUUUGUGCUGAAAACAUGUUUCAGUAUUUUUUUCAAUGAAUGUUAAGAGAUUGUUCUCACUCCCGCCCCAUCUUAAUGUAUAACCAACACCAAACACGUGGAUCAACAGAAAAGGAAAAUUUCACUCGUCUAAACGCUUUCAAUUUUCAGUUUUUAUUUUAUGUUCUAUAUACCCAGUCAUAAAGUAUAAGCAUCAGUUGUCAUUAAAAGUUUUCAGAAAAUCUUGAGGUUAAACAUCUCUCUCUCUUUUUUUAAAAUACAAGGCCCUGAUAAAAUUGAUAUCUAUCCUUAUAUGUUUCUCCCUUUUUCCUGUGCCACUUUUUCUUAAAUUAUUUCCCAGUUAGUAUUAUCAUAUGUUUGUACCCGUCACAGUUUUCAUAGUGCUUUCAAAUACACCUUUUUGAUCAUUAAAAUAAAAAAAGAAAUCUUGCUCUGUUGUAUAAGAGCACAAUAAGUAAAUAUUAUUAUCCCCAUUUUACAGAAAGGAAAACUGAGUCUUUGGGAGGUGAAAUAAUGUAUCUAAAGGUCAAAUGGUGGAUGGACCCUGGACAAAAUUCCAUCUUCCACUUGUUCCCUAUUUCAUGUCACUUUUUCCAGGGAGAAUGGAAAAGAAGACAUCUGCACCUUUAGAAAUGGUUAGGUAGUUUUCAGAUGAUAUGAAAAGGGAAAGAGAGCCCCUUGUUUUCUAAAUUCCCAGGCUACCCCUCAUGGCACCCAGUCUCAUUACAUAGUUGUGUCCAAGAAAACCACUCAGACCUGGACACAACCUCUCUUAAGAGCCAAUCUUGCCUCUUGGCUAUUUAAAGUACACUGAGAUAUGGAAAUCUUGACUGAUGAAUGCUUGAUUGAAUUGGAGAGGAAUUAUUGGAUUCUUGCAUGGAGGACAAGGUGGCCAGCCACACUAGGGGUAGCACAAGAUGUGUUAGGAACGUAACUUACCCAUUUGUUGAUUUAACUGACUUUUAAAAAAAAAAGAAACAGAUUUCAAUUAGUGCUUACAGGUAUGAGUCUCAUUUGUUUUUUAGUUUACCUCUUUUUAAAGAGAGAAAACCUACCUUUCUUUGUAAUAUCUCACUUCUAACUUUGGAGCUAGUACUCUGAAAGAAUUAAUUAGCAAUUCGUUUAAAAUGUUUUUAUUUUUCAUGGGUGGAAGACUAUCAUUUUGUCACUUUAUUCCCCCCUCCCACUUCCUAUUUAUACCAUUUAUAACCUAAUGUUCAGUAAUAUUUGGAAAAAUAUUCUAGGAAAUGCAUUUGUGGGUAAAAUGGUGGCUUUUCCUCUUCUCUCGUCUGUUUCUGCCCAUCCCCCAUUUAAAUCACUCAAAUAAAUCAAGAGUUUAUUAACAGUA